GUGACCUGCAGCGAGACCCCCCAGCCCACUGUUCUGCUGGACCUGUUGGAGAUGACUUGUUUCAUUGGCAAGCCACUAUUAUGGGACCUAUUUGUGCAGGUCACAAAGAUGUUGUGUGUUUUAAAACUCCCUGAUGUCAUCAUGAUCAACUGAAUUAUGUUGGAAAAUCCUACUCUUUGCAUCUGCAAAGAGAAACCACUUCUCGAGCCUGAUAGCGCGUAUCAAGGGGGAGUGUUCUUCCUCACAGUGCACUUUCCAACAGACUAUCCUUUCAAACCCCCAAAGAUUGCUUUUACAACAAAAAUAUACCAUCCAAACAUAAACAGUAAUGGGAGUAUUUGUCUUGAUAUCCUGAGGUCACAAUGGUCACCAGCUCUGACUGUAUCUAAAGUUUUAUUGUCCAUAUGCUCCUUACUUUGUGAUCCUAAUCCAGAUGAUCCUUUAGUACCGGAUAUUGCACAGAUCUACAAGUCAGACAAGGAAAAAUACAACAGACACGCAAGGGAAUGGACUCAGAAAUAUGCAAUGUAAACUUGUGAAGACUUUUUCAUAUACCACAGAGUACUGUAAAUUCUAGUUUUUUCAAACUUAGAAGGAAAUGGAGCACAGUUUACUGUUUCAACCUACCAUUGUGCCCCUUGAAUAUUUUAUUUUUCCACCCAUGUAAGUGUGUUUCUGGAGCAGGGGAAAACUUCCAAAAAUAACCUUUGGACUGUGACGAGAAUAUUUAUCCUCUUUGUAUGCUUUGCAGAAGACAUUUAUUAUGGUUUUUAAGAGUUGGACAUCUGCAUCUUCAGACUACAAGAUCCUUAUUGCAGUUGUAAAGCAGCCAAAUUAUUUUUGCUGGAGAAAAGUAGCUGUUUUUAAGUGAUGAAUACUGUAUGCGUGUCUUUAAGAUAUAUUGUCUGUUUCAUAAGUGUGUUUGGAUUUCAUUUUGCUAGUUCACUUAUAAUUUGUUUUUAAUUGUAUAGACUAAAUAUAUUUUAUUUACGGUGUAAGUCAUUUCAUUUUAGACUGACUCUCGUGCACAGUAUUGACAAGAUACAACUGCUAGUAAUGAAAGUAAUUGGGAUAUCCUGCCCACUGGGAUGCUCUAAAGACUGACUACAGAUUUCUUAAAACCUAAAAUGAUCUUUGCACUGUAAUUCUUUGUAUGCUGAUUAUGGAGAAACACUUGGGUUUGAUUCUGUUGCAUACUUGACUUAAUUUUAUUGCAAUGUGAACUAAUUGCACUGCUAGGUAGAGAAAUAUGUAACCUUUUUGUUGCGUUUCACAACUGAUUUUUGACAUGUGGGCAACAUAACACUCAGACCUUUUACAGAUCUAAAUGUAGCCUUUUCCAUAUAAAUAAAAUGAAUUUUCUACUA